CGCGCUCUCGCACUGGCGGGAAUACCCCUAACUUUAUUUUAUUUAUUUAUUUAUGCAUAUACAAGAAUGUACAUAAGGAAUGUGAGGAUACAAAUAUGGUAAUUACAGUCUUGUAAAGAAGAACUCUUGUAAAGAAGAACUAAAGAAGAACUGGCAACGAGAUGAUUGACACUCAGCUGAUCAAGUGUAAACAAACCCCGGCAUGAAGGCCUACUCUGCGUUACCCUUCACCUUCUUCAUUUGGUUAUCGUGUACGGCCUACAAGCCGGUGGUUAUCAUACACGGCGUCUGGGACCUGAGGUUCAGCUUGGACUUCUUGGCAGAUCAAAUUACAGAGUAUCACCCAGGCACAGAAGUUCAUGUUGUUGACAUGCUGCAUGGGUGGAAGUCUCUGGCUCCUCUCUGGUACCAAGUGAAAAGCUUCUACUCCCAUAUUCGGCCCAUUAUGGAUGCUUCUCAAGAUGGGAUUAUACUAAUAGGUUAUUCUCAGGGGGGCAUUAUCAGUCGUGGAAUUGUGGAGUCCAUGGACCAUAAUAUUACUACUUUCAUAUCCUUAUCAUCACCCCAGGCUGGCCAGUAUGGAGAUGACUUUCUGCGACUUAUAUUUCCACAGUACAUAAAAGAGACAGCAUAUGAAGUUUUUUACUCAAGAGUUGGCCAGAGAGUAUCUGUGGCUAACUAUUGGAAUGAUCCUCACCAUCAAACACUUUAUUAUAAGUACUCAAACUAUUUACCUUAUCUCAACAAUGAGAUAAAUGAGUCAUACCAAAAAUUCUAUCGUAAUAAUUUCAUGAAACUCAAGAAACUUGUUCUGAUUGGGGGCCCGGAUGAUGGAGUGAUUACCCCAUGGCAGUCUAGCCAUUUUGGUUACUUUGAUAAAGAAGAAAAUGUAACAGAGAUGAGAGAUCAGUUUUUCUAUCAAAAUGAUUUAUUUGGCCUACGUAGUCUGGACAAAGCUGGGAAGAUUAAGAUGUAUGAAGUUCCUGGAGUGUAUCACACGGAUUGGCAUCACAACGUAUCUGUUAUCAAGAACUGUAUACUGCCAUGGUUGGAUUAAUUUUCCUUUCGUCAAAAUUAAACACCAUUCAUCAUCUUACUAAUGAUAGCUUUAAUUUUGUAUUAUAUGUUAAUCUUUUCACCCAUAUAAUUGUAAAAUAUAAAUAAUGUUGUUCUUAGCCCUCUAGUCCUCAGCUGUGCCUAAUAUGAGAAGUUCUGGGAGGAUUUUUAUUGUCUGGUGUUGAACUUCCACUCAAACAUGCAUGUCCUUCUGAAGAUGAGGUCUCCAUGCUCAGAUACAAUAGUGCAAAUGGUGGCACACCAAAGAUUUAUGCACUUGAAUAACUACUGGUACCUUCUUUACCUUGAAAUCAAAGGUUGUUGAACUUCCUAGGGUUUGGUUUUCUUUUUUACUGCCACUCCCACUUGCUGUACAUCUUUCAAUGAUUGGUGAAUCCUGACUCUAAGGUCCUUUUCUUCAUCAAUCUACUGCAAGUUAAUGUUGUUGAUUUGGUAAUUUAGAUGCGCAUUGUUUUGCCCCACAUGCAAGGUCGUGUGUGUGUGUGUGUGUACUGUACACACACAUAUGCACACGCAUCAUGUGUAUGGCACUGGGUGAAUGGAAAUGUGCACAAUCAUUACUGUCCCACCUGGGAAUUAAACCCGAAAUUUCCAAUUGUGAGUUGAGAAUGAAGCAAGCUGUACUACACGUGUGACUUUUAAUCUCCAAGUUGAACCCCCCCCCCCCAUGUCAUUUUUAUAAAGAAUUUGAUUUAUAUGUAGCAAUAAUAGUGAUCAUAAACAUACAGACUAUGUCCAUAAACUUAGUAAUGUAACAUUUGUUAUUAGCUUCCUCCUUGAGUUGAUUCCAGUUCUAGGUUAUGGAAUCAAACUUAAAUGUACUGUAGUACAUUUAAGUAUUUGUAUUUGUAGUAUUUGUACACAACCAAGAACCACAAUUCUCAUCAAUACUAUGCAGGUUUUAAAGACAUAUAGGCAAUACUUUCUAAGUGUUACUGUACAACUAUAUUUUAUAGCUGAUUUUUUUUAAAAAUAUCUAAUAAAAGUUAGCCGUCCUUUAUAUGUAGUAAUUAAUGUUGUGCAGUUACACUGAAGAUGGUCAUUAACAUGAAGCUGAUGUAAUAAUGUAAUACUGUGCAGUACAACUGUAAUUGACAACUGAAAAUUUCUCAAUUGAAUCUGUAUUUGUGUUGCAUAUUUCUCAGUUGAAUCUGUUACAUAUCUUAUGUAACAGAUUGAAUCUGUUACAUAUCUUAUGGUUUAAACAUUAGUCUUUAGUAAUUUCUAAAUGUAUUGGGCAUAUUAUGUGUGUCCAAUAAGCUGAUGUUUAUGCCUACAGCAGGAUAUGAGUAAUUGUUCUCCAGGUGGUUCUUCAGAUGUUUCACUGAAUAUAUGAGAAUGGAUAAAGAGAACAAAUUUCCUCACUGCUAUUAAAUAUGUUAUCUUUCUUUGGACAUUUCUCAUAUGUAUGGACUGUAUUGAAAAUAUCUCUGCUCAUUUUAUAUAUACAUAGUACAAUAGACCUAUAUACUGUAUUUAAUGUCUUUAGUAUGCAUACUGUAUAUGCUUACAAACAUCUUUUCAUACAUAACACAGUAUUCAUAUUAAAUCUAAAAAUAGCAUUACUGUUACUCUUGUACAAUAUAUUUAUUCAAAUGUGCAGUAAUAGCAUAAUUUAUUUAUUUAUAGACAAGAGGGUACAUUGGGUUUAUGAGAGUACAUAGCAUUGAUGUUUUUACAUUCUUGCAAAGCCACUAACAUGCAUAGCAUUUCAGGCAGGUCAUUAAUCUAAUGGAU